AUGGGUAACCGCAAGGUUGCUAUUAUCGGUGCUGGCCCAGCCGGCUGCAUGCUGGCAAGACUUCUUCAUCUCGGCGGCAUAGAUGUUACCGUUUUUGAGGGAGAAGAGCACCCGAAUUUCCGAUCUCAAGGUGGUACCCUAGACCUCCAUACGGCAACAGGUCUCGCAGCCCUCAAAGAAGCAAAACUCUUUGAUGAGUUUCUCAAGCAUGCUCGAUACGAUGGACAAUAUCUUGCCAUUGUUGACAAGAACCUUGAGUAUCUCCUGGUGAAAAACGCCGAUGGGCCAUACAACAAGAUUCAGGAGCGGCCUGAGAUUGAUCGCAGCAAACUCCGCGAGCUUUUAUCCCAGUCGCUUCCGGAGGGUGUCAUCAAAUGGGGCCAUCGCUUGAAAAAGGUUGAAGGACAAACACUUAUCUUCGAGCACACUACAAUCGACGGCUUCGAUAUCAUCGUGGGUGCAGAUGGAGCCUGGAGCAAGGUCCGGAAGGAGAUCGACCCCAACCUAGUGCCCGAGUAUUCAGGCAUAGGCUUGCAGGAGCUGGAAGUCACAGACGUUGAGAACAGAGCCCCCGAUCUCUAUAAGCUCGUUAACCGUGGUAGCGUCUUUGCUGGCUGGGAGGGUAAGCGCAUGUCCAUCCAGCAGAUGGGUGACGGGUCUCUCAGCGUCUACUGCUCCCAUGUCAUCAAAGAAGCGGACUGGAUGAAGCCUGAGAAAUGCGAAUACGAUGCCGGCAACAUCAAAGAAGUCGCUCCAGCCCUGCUCAACGGCCUCUAUAAAGACUGGGAUCCUCGACUCAAGCGAGCGAUAGAGAUGGCAGAUGGCAGAUGCACACCUCGAUCGCUGUUCAUGCUCCCCGUCGGCAAGAAAUGGACACACAAGCCUGGUCUCACACUCAUUGGCGAUGCCGCGCAUCUCAUGACACCCUAUGCUGGUGAGGGCGUAAACCAGGCCCUCGACGAUGCAUCACUGCUUGCAAAGGCAAUCAUCGGAGCAGCCGACAAAGAUGAUGAUUCGCUAGACAAGGCAAUCCAAGAGUUUGAAGAGACAAAUGUUUGCUCGGGUUGGCCCUGUCCAGAAGCUGACAGCCGAGUUGAUGCAAGACUGGAUGAUGACCCCCGGCGCGCCGCAAAGCGUCAUGGCAGUGUCGAUGAGUCGUCAUGUUAG